AGCAAGAGAACUGCGUAAUAACCGUCUGGGGCAGGAGAGAGAGAGAGAGAGAGAGAGACGGGCAAAGGGAUAUCUGCUUGCUUGACCAUAUUGUGGGAGAUUUGCAAUAAUUUUAUAUUAAAACAAUAACAACAGUUUGGACGUUGAGACGAGGUUUGUGGUGUUAAUCUCCAAAAGAACCUCCUGCAUUUACAUGAUAACAGAGACUUCAAAUCAGAGGGUGUAGAAGAUGGCAGUGUGGAUCCAAGCCCAGCAGCUGCAAGGGGAUGCCUUGCACCAGAUGCAGUCUCUGUAUGGGCAGCACUUUCCAAUAGAAGUUCGGCAUUACCUGUCUCAGUGGAUUGAAAGUCAAACAUGGGACUCAAUCGAUCUGGAAAAUCCCCAGGAAGAAUUUAGAGCGAAACGUCUGCUGGAUAGUUUGGUGCAGGAGCUGCAGAAGAAAGCUGAACAUCAAGUUGGGGAGGAUGGUUUUCUACUGAAAAUCAAACUAGGGCACUACGCCAGUCAACUGAAGAGCACCUAUGACCGAUGUCCUUUGGAGCUGGUUAGGUGUAUCAAACACAUUCUGUACACUGAGCAGAGACUUGUACGGGAAGCGAAUGAUUCUAGCUCCCCGGGUGGAGGUCUGCUAGACAGCAUGUCUCAGAAACACCUCCAGAUAAACCAGAGCUUCGAGGAGCUGCGUAUGAUGACCCAGGACACUGAGAAUGACCUGCGCAAGCUGCAGCACAACCAGGAGUACUUCAUCAUCCAGUACCAGGAGAGCUUGCGCAUACAGGCUCAGCUGUCCAGCCUCUCUACGCUCCCGCCCGCUGACCGGGUCUUGAGAGAACCCGCUCUACAGACCAAAAGAGCCACUGUGGAGGCCUGGUUAACAAGGGAAGCUAAUACACUACAGAAAUACAGACUGGAUCUAGCUGAGAAGCACCAGAAGACGCUGCAGUUGCUCCACAAGCAGCAGACGAUCAUCCUGGACGACGAGCUGAUCCAGUGGAAACGGCGGCAGCAACUGGCAGGCAAUGGGGGACCUCCUGAGGGAGGCCUGGACGUGGUGCAGUCCUGGUGUGAGAAGCUGGCGGAGACGAACUGGCAGAACAGACAACAGAUCAGGAGAGCAGAACAUCUACGACAGCAGCUGCCCAUUCCCGGCCCAAUAGAAGAGUUACUCACCGAUCUCAACAAGCAAAUCACAGACAUUAUAUCCGCGCUCGUGACCAGCACCUUUAUUAUUGAGAAGCAGCCGCCCCAGGUGUUGAAAACGCAGACGAAGUUUGCCGCUACGGUGCGCUUGCUGGUUGGAGGGAAGUUGAAUGUCCACAUGAACCCGCCUCAGGUGAAAGCCACGAUAAUCAGCGAGCAGCAAGCCAAGGGCCUUUUGAAAAAGGAGAACACCAGGAAUGACAGUAGUGGAGAGAUCCUAAAUAAUAACUGUGUAAUGGAGUAUCACCAAGCCACUGGAACCCUGAGUGCCCACUUUAGAAAUAUGUCCCUAAAAAGGAUCAAGCGCUCAGAUCGACGUGGAGCAGAGUCAGUAACAGAAGAGAAGUUCACAAUCCUCUUCGAGUCCCAGUUUAGUGUUGGUGGAAAUGAGCUCAUGUUUCAAGUAAAGACGUUAUCACUUCCUGUAGUAGUAAUAGUACAUGGAAGCCAAGACAACAAUGCCACAGCCACAGUCCUCUGGGAUAAUGCAUUUGCAGAGCCGGGACGGGUGCCAUUCUCAGUUCCUGACAAAGUGCUUUGGCCGCAGAUCUGCGAGGCUCUCAACAUGAAGUUCAAGGCGGAGGUACAGAGUAGCAGGGGCCUGUCAGAGGAGAAUCUGGUGUUCCUGGCACAGAAAGCCUUCAGCAGCUCUAGCAUCAACCCGGAGGAGUACCGCAGCAUGACCAUGACCUGGUCACAGUUCAAUAGGGAAAGCUUACCUGGCCGGAACUUCACAUUUUGGCAGUGGUUUGAUGGAGUCAUGGAGCUCACAAAAAAACACUUGAAGCCUCAUUGGAAUGAUGGGGCCAUCCUGGGGUUUGUGAACAAGCAGCAGGCUCAGGACAUGCUCAUGUCGAAGCCGAAUGGCACAUUUCUGCUGCGGUUCAGCGACUCGGAGAUUGGCGGCAUAACGAUUGCCUGGGUGGCGGAGAAUCCCAAUAAAGCCGGCGAGAGGAUGGUCUGGAAUUUAAUGCCGUACACAACCAAAGAUUUCUCUAUCCGAUCUUUGGCUGACCGUAUAAGUGACCUGAAUCAUCUGCUCUUUCUAUAUCCUGACAGACCGAAGGACGAAGUGUUCUCAAAAUACUACACCCCUCCUCUGUCUAAAGCAGUGGAUGGAUACGUGAAGCCACAGAUCAAACAAGUAGUACCAGAGUUUGCCACAGCCUCUUCAGAUUCUACAAGUGCAAGUCAGUACAUGGAUCACGCCUCUUCACCAUCUGUAAGCCAUACACACACAUACGGCAUGUAUCCACCGAGCGCUGACUCCAUAAUGGAUGGAGACGGUGAUUUUGACCUGGACGAUACAAUGGAUGUAGCAAGACAUGUGGAAGAGCUGCUGCGUAGACCAAUGGAAAGUCAAUGGAUCGGACACACCCAAUCGUGACCCCUUACCCUCCCCAAAAUAAAAUCAGCAACAUUUUCUGAUGGUUUAAUUCCAUAGAUUUUUGUUUUGUUUUUUGUUGUUUUUCUUUUUUUUUUUUUUUUUUUUUUUUUUUUUAAAGAACAAUAAUGUGAAAUGUUAAUAAUGGUUGUGAAUCAAAUAUUUUUUUGAGCAUGAUAAUGCAAUUGAUCUUUUUUUUCUGUCUCGUUAUUUGCUUGCAAAACAAAUAACACUGCAGUCUAUACUACAGGGAGAUAUAUAGCUUAUAAUAUUGUAAAAAGGCAAAAUGUUAUUUGCAUGGUUUCGUUAUUUUCUUUUUUUUUUUUCCCAGUUUUUCUUUUUUAGUGAGAGAGAGAGAAAAAAAAUCUACUGUGUAAAAUCAAAACCAGUUCAUUCGACUGAAUGGUUCGCCAAAGUACUCUACUGCGAACACUCAAUUCACUGCCCUUUACCAAAUAAGAAAAAAAAACAUUUUUCUGUAUUCAAUUCACAUAGGUUCUGUUGUUUUUGAUAUUAGUUAAAAACUUUUUAAAUGUAUGUGUGGGUUCUGUGUUUUUAAAGUAAUGUCAAUGGUAUGUUUAAGCUACAUGGAAAAGGUGCACCUCAUCCAGUUAGUGGACUGGACAUGGUAAGAAGCAGGGUUGAAAAUCCAAUACAGGCUUCACUUUGAUCACAUUUCUGGGCACAAAGGGUUCGGCUGGGGGGGGGGGUGUACUGUAAUGCCCAAAUUUAUUAGAUGUCCCUCUUUUUAUUUAGCGGAAUUGAGAAAUGCUGUACUGUAUGUACUACAGUUAAAUAAGUAUGUGAGACAUGUGUUUAAGCUGCUUGAUUUGGCAUUUGGAUGAAGUGGCAGAUAAUCCAGACACCCCCAUAACCAUUAAAACAAGCCAACUAGCUACGAAAUUAAUUCCUGAUUUAUUCAGGUUAUCACCAAAAAGCCAUAAAGAUCUCAGGAAUGCGACUGAUUUGCAGAUUAACGUAUCGUGGGGAUUGUAACAUACAGUGUUAGGGAGUUUAAAAAAAAAAAUAUAUAUUUAAUAUUUUUUAAAUAUUGCUAUUUUAGUACCAUGUAUAUCUAUUGCAUAUUGUUCUAAUCAUGACACACACAAAAAGCCACUGAAUUACAUUUUCUUUUUUUUUAAAUCCCAUUUAGAAGAAUGUGACGAUCACAUCAGAAAGACUGGUACAGCUUUAGUUUAAUUUUGAAUGUAUGUAUUAAAAUAAAUGUACAUUGUCUACAUAAGAGUUGGAUUUUACUCCCUUAUACAAUUACUACGAUACAGUAAUUAAACCGGGAAGGAUUUUUGGGCUUUUUUCUUUUUGUUUUUUUUUCUUACCUAGUAUACAUUGUGUAAUUUGAAUUAGGUGAAGUACUGAUAUGUUUUAUGUUUUCUUGUGUUUGGUUUGGUUCUUGGUUUGAACCAAGAGUAAGCAAUUGGAAUAAAGUUUUUUUUAAAUAA